AUGAUUGCCCGCCAUGUAAACCGUCGAAUGGGAUCCACGAUGGUGGUUCUACUAUCAGGAACAAGGAGACCUCAAGUCCAACAAAGCAGACUGUUGUCCACGACUAGCCGAAAGAUUUCGAGCACCGCCUCUACCAAGAAAUCCGCGACAGCCAUUGACUUGUGGAGCCUCCCCAAGGUCAGCAACCUCAAGUCCAUUCUGCCUCUUGAGCUUGUGUUGCAUCCCACCACCAAGAAACUCUUACCAGUGAUUGGACAUGCAUCCUAUCUCGCAUUGGCCAGUGGGUUCUUGAUGACGGAUAUGCUGCAACUACGCGUCAUGUUGGUGGGAGGGUAUACGGGGCUGGUGGCCUUUCAUACGCUGCACGAACGACCCCUGCGCAUCCCGUUGCGAUGGUCGGCCCUCUUUGUCGCCGUCAAUGCCGUUGCGGCUGGAUUGGUGAUUAUGGAUCGCUACGCUCCCACGCUUUCGGAUCGUUUUGUGGAUGGAGAAGAGCUGUAUGCGGAAUACUUUUCCUCCUUGAGCCGAGGACAGUUUCAUCAGCUCCUGUCAUUGGCGCAACGACGACAAUCAGUACCCGCAGGAACCGUGCUGACGAGGGAAAACGUCUCCUGCCAACAAAUGUUCUUUAUCGUGGAUGGAAAGGCUCUGGUGUAUCAUGGCAGGACCAAUGCAACUAUUGAACAAGGGGGGUUUGUCAAUGACGUUGCCUUUCAAAGAGGUCCCCAUGCAGGUGCCUAUGGGACGGUCGUGACGACCCAAGAGAGCGACGUGCUAGUGUGGGAUCUCGAAGCAUUGCGGAAGCAUUUGCAAAGUCGACCCGAAAUGGAACGAGCCUUCAAAUACUGCAUGAGUGAUCAUCUCGUCAAGAGUCUACUGCGCCAACGAGAAGCAACACACAAGCGACAACGAACCCAGCGCAAUCCACAGAUUGAAAUGGACUUGUAA